AUGCAGUUUCAGCGUAUACAUGCACUUCCCUCGCAAAUGCAGUUGCUAGUGCUAUCUCACCGCCUCAGUAUCGUCCGUGGGUCUGGGUUGAGCCUCCGUCAUACCUUCCAGCGAUCACAACAUACUGCUCUAUCUCAUUUACAGUCGUUCAAAAGCCCUAACAAAUCACGCACACGACUCUGGCGCAAUAUCGCAUGGCUUAUUCCCGUGACUGGCGGUGUCGCACUUUACCUCUAUCCUAGCCAACAGCUCCACCUACCUUCCAUCUUUUCCUCGCCGACACUUAUUCCGUGUACAGAACACGACUUGAACGUACAAGCAAGAGACACUAUAAUAGGAUCACCGGCGGAACCACAUAUGUCUAUUCCCUCGCGGAUAUUAUCUCUGUUGCAGGAACACUUGUGGGAACCUGUGUUGACGGCACGAAGAUUCAUUCACCUCUUCUACCUGUUCAUACCUGUCAUCGUUACCAUGCCUAUGCUGCUUAUUGGGAAGCCUGAACGUAGGUAUAAGGGUGACAAGUGGGGAGCCGUUUGGUGGUACGAAUUUCUUGUCAGGAGAAUGCAAACCGCCGGGCCAACAUUCAUCAAGCUUGGGCAAUGGGCAGCAUCGCGUGCUGAUCUCUUCCCGUCAUUACUUUGCGAGAAAAUGGGGUCCUUGCACUCUCGCGGCAAGCCUCAUUCACUCAUGCACACUAAGCAAGUCAUCGAAAGGGCCUUUGAACGGCCAUUCGACGAGGUUUUCGAAGUUUUUAAUGAGAAUCCGAUAGGAGUCGGCGCCAUUGCACAAGUCUACCGGGCAACUCUCAAGCAUGACCUUAUACCUCCCUCUUACCUUGGUCCCAAACGGCAAACCAAAUCACCCGCAGGGUCACUAGCUCCCGUUAUCCUGCAAGACCCUCCGCCUUCAGUACCUACUGCAUCUGUCGCCAUCAAAGUCUUGCAUCCUCGCGUCGCCAAGGAUAUUGCGCAUGACCUAUCUAUAAUGUCGUUCUUUGCGCGGGUCAUUAACCUUUUCCCUGGUAUGCAAUGGUUAUCACUCCCAGAGGAGGUCAGCGUCUUUGGUGAAAUGAUGCGUCGUCAACUCGACCUCAGAAUUGAAGCAGAGAAUCUUCUGACAUUUGAAAAUAACUUUGCUUCGAGAAACGUGCCAGUAUCAUUUCCACGUCCUUUAAAGACAUUUUCGACUGCCGACUUACUUGUCGAGGAAUACGAGAACGCCUUGCGCAUGGAGUAUUUUCUGAAAAACGGAGGCGGGCCAUUUGAUGAUCAAUUGGCAACUGUCGGAUUGGAUGCUUUCUUGAAAAUGCUACUACUUGACAACUUCGUGCACUCUGAUCUUCAUCCGGGCAACAUCAUGAUCAAAUUCACAAAGCCUCCCACCACCCGUGACCUCCUCAUGAACAUGUACUCCUCAUAUUUCUCACAGAAGGGCUCUGCCGAAGUUCUCGUCGAGCACCCGCUGGAAUCUGAUGAAAUAGUAGUCCGACUACGCUCACUCAGACAUUCCCGUGAGGAAUGGCAAAAUGAACUUAGGGCUUCAUCGGAGCAGGGCUACAUUCCUGAAAUCGUUUUCAUUGAUGCUGGUCUCGUGACAACGCUUAACGCGGCAAACCGCAAGAACUUCCUCGAUCUUUUCAGGGCUAUUGCUGAGUUCGAUGGCUACCGAGCCGGUCAAUUGAUGGUCGAACGUUGUCGGACUCCCGAACUUGCGAUCGACACCGAGACAUUUGCACUGAAGAUGCAACACAUUGUCCUGAGCAUCAAGCGGAAAACGUUUUCACUUGGGCAAAUCAAGAUUUCGGAUAUUUUGACUGAUGUUCUAACGGCUGUGCGGCAGCACCAUGUCAAGAUGGAGGCGGAUUUCAUCAAUACGGUUAUCUCCAUAUUACUUCUUGAAGGCAUUGGGAGACAUUUGGAUCCAAGUCUAGAUCUUUUCAAGAGUGCAUUGCCGAUUCUACGACAGCUUGGACGGCAGAUGACAACUCAAGAGUCGAUGACACAGUUACCCUCAGGAAACUUUGGAGCGUUGUUGAAGGUCUGGAUGUGGGUAGAAGCUCGUCAAAUGGCCUCAACAGCAUUCAUUGAUGUUGACGAGUUGGUCAAAUAUGAUUUGCUUGUCCCGGCUGUAUAA